CAGUGCAUUUGGGCCCGGACCAGCCGGUGAACGCGGAGAUUUCGCAGCCGUCCAUCGCCACCGUCUGCAUUACGGACCGGCCGCCCGAACCCAUGCCCAUUCUUCCGUCCCCGCCCAUCGUCAUUUCCUUGACCUACUACGAAAACGUCCAGAUCGGCAUGAACCAACCGCCGCCGCCAGGAUAUCCGCUCAUGUGUCUAACGCCCUGUGAUCCCCGCCACCCGCGCCCGCAGGUGACGCCCACCUGCCAGGACCGCGUGUCCUACCGCUGGGAGAUGGCCACCGACACGGACCGCGACGGCAACCGCAUCUACUCCACCAUCGCCGACACCACGCCCUUCACCUCGGCCCAGACGCCCGUCCUCGACUCCAUCUACUUCGCGCCCAACUGCAUCCUGCGCUGCGCCGUCGACCAGGGCGGCGGCCAGAUGGCCUACAGCUCGGAGGUGACCAUCAGCCGCGAGGGCGCCUGCGCCAACCCCCACCCCGGAAACGAAAGGUCACCAGCGCUCCCUGUCCACCGACAUCCAGUACAACGAGCCGGGCAGUGCGCACUACGCCAACACCGUCCAUAUCACAGUGACCAUCCCGCAUCGGGAUGGCAUCCUCCCGGUCAUCUCCGCCUUCCACAUCCACAACCCAAAGCUGUUGUUGACGGACCAAGGGUACCGGCAGCAGCAUGUGUGUUCCAACUUUGUUCCCAAUCAGGACGGGAAGAUUAAGGGCUUCCUGGAUGGGAGUGGCGGGAACGCGGUGUUCCCCACGCAGGCCGGCAUGCUGGACUCCACGAUCCGCGGGAACAUGACGGUGCAGUUGUACACCCAUCUCAACAUGGAGACCUGCACAUGGAAAUUCGACGCCAACUACGACAUGACGACCCUGGUGGACCGCUGCGGCGGCACCGUCAACACCAACGCCAACGCCCGCAGCAACCAGUUCGGCCAGCGCGCCGUCACCGUUACCGUACCGCUCUACGUCUCCUACAUCUACGCCGUGCCCCCGAACAACUGGGGCUCCAUCGACCACCGCACCACGUUAGAGAUCAGCUUUAACUACGACACGGCGCUGAGCAACGACCGUGUGCGCACCACCAACGACAACGUCGACGCCAAGAUCAACGUGGUGCGCGUACGUUUAACCGACGCCGGGAACCUGUGCAUCACCAUCAAGACGCAGACCAAGUUCCGCGGGACCUUCGUCCUGUCGCAUCCCCGCCUCCCGGGGCAGCAGUCUUACUUGAUCCCGCCGAGCAAUCUCCCGGUGAAGUUCAAUUUAAUGUUGGAAUGGCAGCAGGAGACGUAUGAUUAUCCCAUGCAGACGUGGCAGGCGACGAGUGACCUUUCGUUGCGGGAUUACACCGGGGAUUACACGCUGGAGAUGAUCCCGUGUAUGGCCACCCGGCCGGAGUUCUCGGUGGAUCACCAUAAUUGUGAGCCGAGGAGUCCCAAGCAGUUUAUCCUCCCAAUUCAGUUCAACCAGGGCAACCGCCCGCCUCCGCUGGUUUACUCGCUCAACACGGAUUUCCAGUUGGCGCACGGGGAUCAGAUGUUCCAGGCGGAUGCCAGUGCCGUCGUGGAGACGACACCGACGCAUAUUCCCGAUGAAGCCUUCGGCUAA